CAGAAACGCAGACGCCCAUAUUGUGUUUAAUCUCAUCCAGCAUAUACGAACAAAAUGUCAACCUCAAAAGACAAAUCCAAGGACAAGGUCCACAAGCUCUCCAUCAAAGGAUCUUCGAAGCUUGUGGCUGAAUUCUUUGAAUACUCGAUCAACUCAAUUCUUUUCCAACGAGGGGUGUAUCCUCCUGAGGAUUUCACAACUGUCAAGAAAUAUGGAUUGAACAUGCUCGUUACCGCCGAUGACCAGGUGAAAGCGUACAUCAAGAAGAUUAUGUCUCAAUUGAACAAGUGGAUGCUGGGCGGCAAAAUUUCCAAGUUGGUUGUGGUUAUUACAGACAAGGAAACUGGGGAGCAUGUGGAACGGUGGCAGUUUGAUGUGCAAAUAUUCGGGAAGCAAAAGAGUCAAUCAACCCGGAAGUCGGGCGAUAAAGAGAACGAUACGCCGGGGGAUGUCGGCCAGCCCGAAACAGUGGAGAAAACCGAAAAGCAGAUUCAAGAAGAGAUCCAAGCCAUUUUCCGCCAAAUCACUGCUUCCGUCACGUUCCUUCCUGUCUUGGAUGGAGACUGCACAUUUAACGUCUUGGUUUAUGCGGAUGCAGACUCCGAUGUUCCUGUUGAAUGGGGUGACAGUGACGCCAAAGACAUCAAGAACCCUGAGAAAGUCCAGCUCAGGAGUUUCAGCACAAAUAACCAUCGUGUGGAAACCAUGGUCAGCUACCGCCUAGCUGAUUAG